GAGAUAUUUCCAGAGGGGGUAUUUCACUCAGAUGCUGGAUAUUGGGCAUCAGGGCCAGAGAGUUUCGCCUACAACGACUUGAUGCUGGGGGCUAGCCUGUCCUUGGAAGAUCCUUGGAGCUCGCAGGCGCCCAGCUUUGAAAGCCAUUGGUGUGCAUACCAGGAUGCAUAUUGCCCUGGCUUUGCUUCAUCCUCGAAGCCGCGUGAGAGAGAGCUCCUCCCUUCUGGCCUGCUAGACUCACCAGUUGGCAGUCCCAGCCACGGGCCGCAGUCCAUGCCCGACAGGUUCGCGAAGACCAGAGAGAAGCCUGAAAAGCGAGGACUCCCCAGGGAGUACCACCAUAGCCGCGUACCGAAGAACGUGAAUCUACAAGAAGAGUACGAAAGCAAUCCUUCCAAGAAUAUUACAACUUUGAUGAUUCGCAAUAUUCCCAAUCGCUAUACGCAGCAGGAGCUCAUCUCGGAGCUUGAGGACCUUGGAUUUGCUGGCACUUUCAACUUCCUGUACAUCCCGCUAGACAAGGGGACCAUGUCCAACGUGGGUUAUGCCUUUGUGAACUUUGUGGACACCGAGUGGUCCCAGAAGUGCAUCGACGCCUUUCAGAACUAUCGCUUCAAGCGGCACCGCAAGACCUCGGGGAAGAUCGCGGCGAUCUCCGCGGCACAUCUCCAGGGGCUGGAGGCAAACCUGGCGCAUUACGAGAAGUCGGCGGUGAACACUGCGAAGCUGAAGCAGCGCCGGCCGGUGGUGAUGGCUUGCGGGGUCAAGCGGCUGGUCUUGGAGGUUCUGUUGCCCUGCAAAUGUCAGCGAGGCUUCACCGUGUCUCACUUGUUGCGACCAAAGCAGAGCCCGAAGCUCCGCAGCGAUGAGACCUCGCUUGGGCUCUACACGGAGGAGCGCCCACGUGCUUCAAGCGGGGCCUCCUUCAAAGACGGCUUUGUUGAGCACGCGCAGAUUACACAGCUCAGUGCGAUGCUGAAAGCCGUGGACGCUGGGGACCGCAUCAUCAAGGGUCGAUUGGAGCUCUUUGCCUGCUCACGCCGCAAGCUGACUGUGGGCCAGCAGCACGAGCUCGAGCUUUGCUGCCCUGACAGCCUGGCUGAUUCGCCGCUGGGGCCGCUGGCAAACGAGCCAUCCCAGAUCCUGCUGGCAAACUUGCGGUCGCUAAUGUCUUUGUUAUAUGUCGACUACGACUGCACGCAUCUUUACCCGCACGACUUUGAACGGUGCAUCGACAAGCACGCUGUGGUCACCUCCAUCAACCAUAGCCUUGUACAGAUUGUGGAUCGCGUCCACAGUGGGUUUCUUGCCGAGUUCUGGCAGGCUGUGCAAGAUGCCAUCGACAUCAUCGGCUGCGAAGUGUUCGCUUUCCGACCUGCGUCUGGCAGCUUCGAACCGACGGACCAUGCUCUCAUGUCCUUCCACUACUUCUUUGCAGAUCUGCAUAGAGGUCGAAUCCUGUUCAUAGGUAGUGUCACCAAGAGCCGGCGGAGCGCCCGUGGAGGUCCCGACUCUGACAGUGACGUCCAACUUUCCCAGGACUCCGCAUCUGCGGACGAGUCCAAGGGCCGCAGCAGCGACAUGGGCUCCAGCCUGCAGGAAGGUGAAUUUGCAUUCAGUGACGGCAGCGAUGAUAUGAUGCAGCCUUGA